CUUAUCCAGAAGCGGACACAUCCUCCUAUCACAACAUGGUUGUUUUGUCGAUGAGAGUGAAACUAAAGAAGGUCAACAGACCUAGCACCAAGAAAAUCAUGGAUACAAGACGUCCCAAACAAGACAACACAUAUGCAAAAACGAAAUUUAAAAUAAACGAGAACUUAAGGAAAGUCAUAGAAAAUAAUGCGGAAAUUUUAACCAUUGACCAAAAAUGGGGAAAAAUUCAACAUGCUCUUGUGUCAGUUGGAAAAAAAACCCUCAAACCACUUAGAGAAAAAACAAAACCCUGGAUGACAGUAGAACUUCUUGAACUUAUGAAAGAUCGAAGAAAACAUAAAGCAAAAGACCUGGAUAAAUACAAAGAAAUUUAG